UCUGCUGCACGCGCACGCCCACAGCAGCGGCAUCACUGUAUUGUACUUUGGGAAAGUGCGCGCGGAGGAUCGAUGUGAUCGACCCGCAGUGCGUGUGAUCGGGUUCAGCUCUGCAGGGUCAGUGCGCACGGUCCGCGGCCACACACACGCGCACGCACACACACUUUCACACUCUUACACGCGCACACCGACGCAGUCCGGCGGGGGCCGGAGCGUGUGGAGGUCCCGGUGCUGAGCAGCAGCGGAGGUGGCGCUCUGUGUCCGGGACAGCUCUCUCUCUCUCUCCCUCUCUCUCUCCCCGUCUCCUCCUGCCGGUGAUAAAUUACCGGAGAGCAGCUGUCGGUGGAUUCAGAGGCGAGGCGGCCGUCAGGCAGCUCAGGGAUCCCGCUUCUUUUCUUUCUUCCUCCCUCGUCACAUCUCUUUCCCCGGGACUCCGUCGAUGCUGUUGCCGCUGCACCGCGCCCUCCGUCCCGAGCACCGAGGAGCCGCACCGCCGCACGCCGGCCACAGCGCCCCGCAGGACGGAUAGACAUGUUGCCGAGGUCCGCCGGUCGCCGUGGAUCUGCGUAAUGCAGUUUCGGGACAUUUUGGAGCUUUGCACCGUGCACCACCACCACCACCACCGGCCACUCUCAGCCCGCAGCACCGACACCACACCGGGCUGCCCCGUGACUUCCCCCGCUUCACUCCUCUAACGGGACUUUCCUCUCGUCGCCGGAGAUGUUCUUCGUGUCUGGGCUGAAAGUUGUGCGCUCCCCGGCGGAGGGCCUCUAACAGGUCCGGACUGUAUGUAACCCGAGGCGGGGUCAAAGUUCAGCCCUGGUUGGAAAUGUGAAAGCGAAGGGGGCAAAAGGAGGGCUCUAUUCCCCCUCUCUCUCCUUCUUCUUCUCUUCUUUCCUUUUCACACUCUGCGCACACGCACGCGCACACAGGCUGGAGAUACUGUAACCACACGCACACAAACACACACACCUUCCAGAUCUAACAUUAGAUCCGACAGAUAUGUAUUCACCGCUAUGUCUGACACAGGAUGAAUUCCAUCCUUUCAUCGAAGCCCUGCUGCCCCAUGUCCGGGCCUUCGCCUACACAUGGUUCAACCUGCAGGCCCGCAAGAGGAAGUACUUCAAGAAGCACGAGAAGCGCAUGUCCAAGGAGGAGGAGCGCGCCGUGAAGGAUGAGCUGCUCAGCGAGAAGCCCGAGGUCAAACAGAAGUGGGCGUCUCGCCUCCUGGCCAAACUGCGCAAGGACAUCCGGCCAGAGUUCAGGGAGGACUUUGUGCUGACGGUGACGGGGAAGAAGCCGCCGUGCUGCGUGCUGUCCAACCCCGACCAGAAGGGCAAGAUGAGGAGGAUUGACUGCCUGCGCCAGGCGGACAAAGUGUGGAGGCUGGACCUGGUCAUGGUGAUUUUAUUCAAAGGGAUUCCCCUCGAAAGUACUGACGGGGAGAGACUGGUAAAGUCUCCUCAGUGUUCGAACCCCAGCCUGUGCGUGCAGCCGCAUCACAUUGGAGUUUCAGUGAAGGAGCUGGAUCUGUACCUGGCCUACUUCGUCCACACAGGUCAGUCCCGCCCUCUGAGUGUGAGUGAGUGACACAUGACGCUGCUUGUUGUGUGUCUGUUUGACAUGAUGACACGCUGUGACAUCAUUACACCAACACAAGCUCACAGAAACCACACGGUGUUUCGGUGGGAUCUCGUCACCGCAGCUGGUUUCCUUCGCUCGUCUUUAAAUUGUUUCUGUCGUUGAGUUUAUCGAGUUUGAACUUGACAAAGUGUCUGUGAUGACGUGGGAAUAAGGAGAACGAUUGUGGA